GGGAAUUCGGUGAAGUAUGCAGUGGACGUCUCAAAGUACCAGGAAAAAGAGAGAUCUGUGUUGCUAUCAAGACGCUGAAAGCUGGUUACACCGAUAAACAAAGGAGAGACUUCCUGAGUGAGGCCAGCAUCAUGGGGCAAUUUGACCACCCCAAUAUCAUCCACUUGGAAGGUGUAGUUACUAAAUGUAAACCGGUAAUGAUCAUAACUGAGUACAUGGAGAAUGGCUCCUUGGAUGCCUUCCUCAGGAAGAAUGAUGGCAGAUUUACAGUCAUCCAGUUGGUGGGGAUGCUUCGUGGCAUUGGCUCCGGCAUGAAGUAUCUGUCUGACAUGAGCUAUGUGCAUCGGGAUCUGGCUGCUCGAAACAUACUUGUCAACAGCAACUUGGUCUGCAAAGUGUCUGACUUCGGCAUGUCCCGCGUCCUGGAAGACGACCCCGAAGCUGCUUACACCACACGGGGUGGGAAGAUCCCCAUCAGGUGGACUGCGCCAGAGGCAAUUGCCUACCGGAAGUUUACGUCGGCUAGUGAUGUGUGGAGCUACGGCAUCGUCAUGUGGGAAGUGAUGUCCUACGGAGAAAGACCAUACUGGGAUAUGUCCAACCAAGAUGUUAUUAAAGCCAUUGAAGAAGGGUAUCGGCUGCCACCCCCGAUGGACUGCCCCAUCGCUCUCCAUCAGCUGAUGUUAGACUGCUGGCAGAAGGAACGCAGCGACAGGCCUAAAUUUGGACAGAUCGUCAACAUGCUGGACAAACUCAUCCGCAACCCCAACAGCCUGAAGAGGACAGGCAGCGAGAGCUCCAGACCUAGCACAGCCCUGCUGGAUCCCAGCUCCCCGGAGUUCUCGGCAGUUGUUUCUGUCGGCGACUGGCUCCAAGCCAUUAAAAUGGAGCGAUACAAGGAUAACUUCACAGCUGCUGGCUAUACCGCCCUCGAGGCUGUGGUGCAUAUGAACCAGGAUGACUUGGCAAGGAUCGGGAUCGCUGCCGUCGCGCACCAGAACAAGAUCCUGAGCAGCGUGCAGGCAAUGCGCACCCAAAUGCAACAGAUGCACGGCAGGAUGGUUCCCGUCUGAGCCAGUGCGGGAUAAACUCAAAACUCUUGAAAUUAGUUUACCUCAUCCAUGCACUUUAAUUGAAGAACUGCACUUUUUUUACUUCGUGUCCUCGCCCGUCGAAACAAAGAUCUGCAGCAUUGCUUGAUGUACAGAUUGCGGAAACCGAGCGUGUGUGCUGGGAGGGGGGGCCUCCAGAAAUAAUGACAAGCCGUCAUUCGAAACCAGACCUGGAACAAAUUGUUUCUUGGAACAUACUUCUCUGUUGAUCAACGAUAUGUAAAAUACAUGUAUCUAUAUAAAUAUAAAGUCACAUUCGAGUUUUGAUGCUGUGUUUGCUGCCAGAUACUGUGCAUAAAAAACAAAACCAACAUUACUUUCCUUCUCCCCGUGACCCGUAGGAUUACAACCGUAGUGUUUUAUUUGUGGGUGAAACCACCGUUGUGCAUCUUUCACUGGAAUGAAGAAUCUGCCCUGGGAUAUUUUUUGCAGACUCAGUGCAUCCCUAAUAACCUUGCGGAAACCUCAGUGAGAAUACCGUUUGGCUAAUCAGCGCCUGUCGAUUAGCGAUCCGCCCGUUGAGGGGCUUGAGACACGCAAUGACCCAUCUCGUGGAUUACUGGGCGAAACUGGACGGCGGGGAGGCUGUUGGCGGUUCUGUCGUGCCGAAUCCUGCCGCCGAGAGACACUUUGCGAACGUCUCGCCGGUGGUCGGCGGUGACAGUCGUGGCUGCGGACCUUUCAGAUUUCUCUUUCAAGAAGUGAUUCCCGCUGCCGCG